GGGAGUUGAGAGAGCUCGGCUGAGUACUGGCUGCCGCUCCGCCUUCAGCCAGACCUGCCCACCAUGGCUCUGGUGCUGAUCCUGCAGCUGCUGACCCUCUGGUCCCUGUGUCACACAGGCACCACUUGGACGGGUACCCAGGGAGCCCGAGGACCCAGGACACCCGUUUAUUCAGAGCCCCCACCCUCACACCCCAAGCCAUGGCUGCGGGCUCAGCCUGCUGCUGUUGUGAGUCCCGGGAUCAACGUGACCUUGACAUGUCAGGCGCCCCAAGUUGCCUGGAGGUUUGCACUCUUCAAGUCUGGAGAGACCGCCCCCGUGCUGUCCCAGGAAGUGUUUUUGAAGCAGCUGGCAGAAUUCUUCCUGGAGGGGGUGACUGAGGCCCAGGCGGGCAGUUACCAUUGCCGCUACAGCAGUCAGCUGUGGGCACAGGGUGUCUGGUCCCAGCCCAGCGAUGCCUUAGAACUGCUGGUGACAGCCCGGCUGCCGCGCCCGUCCCUGGUGGCGCUCUCCGCACCGGCAGAGACGCCCGGCGACACCGUGAGCCUGCGCUGCGCGGGUCGCGUGCGCAACAUGAGCUUCGUGCUGUACCGCGUGGGCGAGGCGGCGCCGCUGCAGUACCUGGAGGCCGCACAGCCCUGGGCCGACUUCCCGCUGCCCCGCGCGAGCGCCCCGGGGACCUACACCUGCUACUACCACACGCUCGCCGCGCCCUACGUGCUGUCGGAGCGCAGCGAGCAGCUGGUCAUCAGCCCCGACGGCGGCGCCUCGGGCUCCGUGGACUACACCCGGGGCAACCUGGUCCGCCUCGGGCUGGCCGGCCUCGUCCUGGUCUCCCUGGCCACGCUGGUCCUUUGGGACUGGCGCAGCUGGAGUCGUGCCCAACCCUGAGGCGAGAGGACUGGAUCCUGACGCCUGCGGCCCAGACGACUUCUCAGAGAGGCGGGGAAGCAGCAGGAUGGCCUGGGUGGGCCUGGCCCUUCCAGGAGCCCUGCAGCCCUUCCUCCUGGCUGGGCCGAGCUUCUUAAGUAUUGUAGUGACACCCUGGGCCCCGAGCUGUCCCUUCCUCUGGGUUAAUUCCCCAGGACCUCCCGGAUCUGGGGGAAGCAUGCUCAGGGGUUCAGGCUUCCUAGUAGGAAACCCCGGGUUCAAAUCCCAGGGCUGCUGCUCACCCACGUGCGACACGAGGAAAGUGACCUUCCCCAAACCUCCCUGGUUGUAGCUGUAAAACGGGUGCGUUGUGAGUGCCCACGUCUUAGGGUUUCCGUAGGGUUAGGUGGACAUGACAUGUGAAAUAAACAAAAAACUAGUAAAUGCUCAACAAACGCUGGCAAUGAUGUAACGUGGUUCCGUCAGAGUCUCAGGACAUG